CACAACAGGCCGGGUGGGCAAAGUGCGGCCCUUCUGCCAAAACGUGAAGUGUACUAGCUAGUUUUCUUUUCUUUUAGCCUUUAGGUUUAUUUGAUUGGAAUUAAAUUUAUUAUAUACGACUUUUUAGAAAUCGGCAGUCGGUAUAAUUCUAACACAGACAGUAUAAAGAUAACAAUUACACGGCUGCCACGUCUAAUGCAGUGGUUAGGGCGCGGCUGCCUUCAAAAGAAAAUUGGUUUUAAAGUUUUAUUGUGAGCGAAUUCAAACAUAUAAUUCACUUGACAAAUUAGUGAACGAACGCCAACAAUAUAUGUACUCAUUUGUUGUCCAUUGCAUUAUCACUUUAAUUGUAGGUUUGUUGGCCCAGAUUUUUUUUUAUUUUACCGGCCCGCCGCAUAGCUUAGAAUUUUAAGACCGACCCGCAAAAAAAAAAAAAAAAAAAAAAAAUUGCCCACCCCUGGUCCAGAUGCUAGAGUUUUAGACCAAAUGGAAAUUACGAGAUCGAGGGAUCAGGUGCAUGCUGGGGUCGAUUUUCUUGUCUGCGUGUGUGUACGUGAGUGUAAAAUCCAUGUGUGGAUGGAUCAGCUGCCAGUUUUGGAAUCUUAUUUGUAACUGCUGGUUAUUGCGACACAUUUCAUCAGUCAUCUGACGUGUAUUCUUUUAACAGACAUCAGUCUCACAAUCCUGUGGUGCGCACCCUCCUCUAGAACUCAACAGCGCAUGCGCAGGGAACAGCUUUGCAUUACCCCCACUGCGGGGAAUCCCCUUGAUGCACUCAUGCUACGUGGUUAGUGUACUUUCUGUUUUGUCGAAACCAACCGGAAGGAAAACCCAGGCAAGCAGUACGCAAUUUUGUCGACUUUUAUUUUCUCUUUAGCAGCAUAACAUGACGUGUUGUGGUCAGCGCCACGAAAAGCAUGAGUAGAGUGGACGUAUAAAGAAAACACCACCCGAGUAUAAGCCUCACUGAGGGAAAUAAAAGUGGCGGCAAAGUUCUCAGCUCUGAUCACAUAUGCGACCGAAAUUCACAUCCCUGUAUUCGAACAAAUUUGCAAAACUGCUGGAGUCGAAAUUAAGGAGAGGUCAGUCGCAUUAGAAUUGCCAAAACAGCUAUAAGUGUGUUCAGCAAGUUAAGAAGUAAUUAUGUCGGAGACCAACGCAAAAAACGACGAAAAUUGUUCUGAAACAGUUUUGCCAGAUUCAACAAGCGCUGAACCAGACUUGAGUGAAGAUGGAGGGUGUAAAAAGAAGAAAGAGACACUUGGACCAUGGCUCUGGGCAAAAGUCCAAGGUGGUCUUUUCCCAGGACUAAGGUGGCUUGACUUUGACAAGCAAAUUUUCAGUAUUCCAUGGCGCCAUGGCAAGAACUCUGACUGGAGUGAACAAGAUACACUCAUCUUUAAGGAAUGGGAAAAGCAUAAAGGUCGAUACAAAGAGUUUAGAGACACACCUGAUUAUGCGGCUUGGAAAACACGAUUCAGGUGUGCACUAAACAGGGUAAAGGAUAUCGAGCCAGUCAAAGAGAUGGACUGUGAGAAUGGACCAAACCCAUUCCGUGCCUUCCAGUUUGUUCACAGAGCAGACUGUAGCUCCCAGAGUCCACCCAAUGCAGAAAUUGCCACCCAUGACAUCUCAGACAGAAAAGAAUAUUGCUCGUCAAUGCUGCCUGCUGUUGUGCGAGGAAUGGAGGAUGUUAAAAUUGGAGAGGGAAGAGGCCAGAUGUAUGGGUCAAACAACAGAAUAGGAGAUUAUCGAUCUGGUUUGAUUGAACUCCAAGCUGACCUGGUGUGUACUCCUACUGUUGUACCAGAUUUGUCCUGCAUUGAUAAAAAAGAUUUGGUUGAAGGCUUUGAUCUUCCACCUCUUUCAGACAUUUCCAUUGAUAAGAGCAUCAACAGCAUUGAGAUGACAGAGACUCGUGGAACAAGAGCUACCACAGAGCAUGGAGACCUUCUUGACAUUGACAGAAAGGACCUGGUCAGAUUCGACCCUGAUCUUUCUCUCUCGAAGAUCUCCUUUGACCAAAACAUUAGCAGCCUAAAUAUGACAAGUACCUCCUCAAUGGGCAUUGAAGCAACUGCAGUUCCAUUAGGGACACAAACUCAACAAGGGCUUCAGUGCAAUGGUCAAGAAAUGAAGGUGACUGUUCGGUUUUUUGAAAAGCCAGUAUUACAAGUUCAAGUGACCAGCAAGAGUGGCUGCUAUCUUUAUUACAAGCAGCCAUCUAUGAGUAGAUUUCAGCCAUCACUUGACUGGUGUCAGGGAGAUGGAAGCGCAAAAGUGGAGCAGAUUCUUAUUCCAUUUACACCGGGCAUGCAGCCUGAGCAACAAGACAAGCACAUGAUCAGCUUGCUUGGCAACAUGGAACAAGGCUUCCAUAUUUUUUCCAAAGAUGGUGACUUGUAUGUCCAGCGGAUGUGCAAGACAAGGAUUUAUGCUGGCUUGCCUGGUCAGACAGGGGAAGCUGUGAUGAUCGAGCGGCAGAAUAACGCCUUUAAAAUCUUUGACUUUCACGGUUAUUUCUUUCCUGCACUUGAGCAGUACAAAAUGCAGAGAGGUCCAAGGCCAUCACCAAAUGUAAUUCUUGCACUAGGGCAGAAUUUCAACACAGAGAGUGAGAUCUACAAAAAGCUCUUCAUUACCAUAACAGUUGGUCAUGUCUUUGCAGAUCAGUUAUUAAGGCAGCUCUCAAGCAUCUUGCCAGCAGCAAACGACACCUGCGAUGAAUCAAUGCACAUAUCUUCCUCUGACAACUUUGACCAGAUCUUGAGUGAAUGGCCCAUUGAACAAGCAGUCUAUGAGCAGUGAAAAGAAGUGAGCAAUGUGAAGGUUCUUCCUGCAUCAUAACUUUAUUUUCAAAGGAAAUUUCAAAGUUCUUCAGGCACAUUUUGACUGCAUUGUUUCAUCUGAAAAAAUUAUAUGAGACUGGCGACUGUUGUGCACUAUGUGUUAUAUAUUUCCCUAUAUACUGAUUCCUAACUGCAGAAUGAAGUAUUUUUGCUUUAAAGGGUUUUUGUUUUGUUCCUUAUAUUCCAAGCCAUGAUUCUGAGGUCUAUAGUAAAAAUGGGUCAGUUUGAGAAGUAAUAGUGCAUGUUUCAUUUUAUUUUUGAUGUUUUAAAGCAGAGAAAAGAUGCUGGAACUAUUUCAUCAUAUUUUUCAAAAAUACAUGCAGAGUAUAUUUCUGAAUUACAAAUUUAAGAAAUAAUAGCAUUCUUAAUUUUUCGAUUUGUCAAUCUGGACUGUGUUAUUUUACAAUUUUCAUAUGAAGUUUUACCACUUCCAUCUAUUGUUAUCACAAACUGUGAUACAUGCAUUGCAUUUUUAGUUUAUUUUUCUGUGACGUACUUACACGUACGUAAUGAUAGGGAAGUUGUGAAAAAAUUAUCAGGUGCUUAAAAAGAGUUUACAUUUAUUCUUUACAGGUGUGCUUUUUAGGCUUUAAUUCAAAGCCUACAUCUGUGUGAUUUUAAAGUGGGGGGUUUAAUUUCAUAUAGAUAUACACAGGUUUAAAUGCAUCAGUUUAAAAUACAUGUCAUCAGUAUCAAAAGUAUUAUGGUGUUUCACCGUGCAGUUAUGUAAGCAACAGAAUGUGGAUCUCACAUUGCAAUAAUAAUGGAAUUCAGAUUUAGUUAUGUGAAUGUAUUGUUACCUUUACAAUAUAUAUAUAUUUUUUUUAAUGUGGUGUGUGCACCAUUCUUGUACGAUACCCCUCCACACGCUGGCUGUCAUUGUGAUGUGACCUUUCUAAUUACAGUCCAUAUACGUGUUGUGCUGCGACUUCAAAAUGGAUUAUUUAUACUUAACUCUCAUACCCAGAAUAGAUGCAGAUAUAUGCAAGUGAGCAGUGAAAUCCCACAAUACUGAUUGUGAGUGGGAGACAAUUACCCUGUGCCAAGAGUGACAUUAAAGGCCAUAUUUAUCUUUGGUGAAAUUUCAAGCCUAAAUGAAUAUAUACAAGUUAUGUUUGUAUGGGAUUAUUUAAAGAUAGUAAUAAUCAUCAUUGGUGGCCUACCCUUUAAUUGGGUGGGAAAGAGUUAAUUUAUUUGUUAAUUGUUGUAUCUUAAAAGAAAACCCACUGACAGAUCGUUUGUCUUAUGUUGAACGAAUGGUGUAACUGCCACAAGCCUGAGUAGUGAAGUAAGGACUAUUACAUUGCUUUGCUUGUCCCAAGGAUUUUUUUUAAAAAUGUUUUCCUUACCAAUGACUACCCCUUCUUGGAUUAAACUGGGGCAAAGCUGUCUUCGUGAUAGGUUGAAUCUCUACUCCACUGUUUUAGUUACACACGUCUCAACAUUUUAUAGCAUUAUGUGAUUGUAUAUGUGAAGGUGUUAUGCUGGUUACUGUGUAAUUGUGUUAUUCAUGUAAAUAUUAUGAUAGAUACUAAAAAUCCCUUAUUUGAUCUUUUAACUAUCAUGGACUUGGGAACCCAUGAAACAUAAAAAUAUGUUUGAUUAUUUGUGAAAAUAAAAGUUUCCUGCAUA